AGGAGGAGAGGCAGACGGCACCACUCCUCUGCCAGGAAGAGAAGAGCACAACGGGACCGGACCGAGGGAGGGCACACACGUUCACCCCCACACAGUCACUCCCAUAGAGAACCAUCGGCCAGGUCAACGAGUAGAGGUCAGAAGAAGCUGGUGUGGGACGGGGGCGGAUGCGCCCCCUCUGGCUGGGGACCGUCAGGAGCGCUGAGCCCAGGAGGAGGGGGAGGAGGAGCGGGAGGAAGAGGGGGAGAGCCCCGGAGACCCGGUUCCUCCUUAGGCUGAACCUGUCUUUCAAUGACCAUGGGGGAGUGGACCAUUCUGGAGCGGCUGCUCGAGGCUGCUGUCCAGCAACAUUCUACCAUGAUUGGGAGGAUCCUGCUGACCGUAGUAGUGAUCUUCCGUAUUUUGAUAGUAGGUAUAGUGGGUGAAAAAGUCUACGAGGACGAGCAGAUAAUGUUCAUCUGCAACACUAUGCAGCCGGGCUGCAACCAGGCCUGCUACGACAAGGCCUUCCCCAUAUCCCACAUCCGCUUCUGGGUCUUCCAGAUCAUCUUGGUGUGUACGCCCAGCCUAUGCUUCAUCACCUACUCUGUGCACCAGUCUGCCAAGCAGCGUGACCGUAGUUACUCCAUGCUACACCCCUACAUAGACCACGGUCAUGCAAGUCACCACAGUCGCGGAGGCGACCACCACGCCCGUAAGCUGCGCAACAUCAACGGUAUCCUGGUGCAGAACCCCGACAGCGGCAAGGAGGAGCAGGACCUGGAGGUCAAGGAGAUCCCAAAUGUACCCCGGGGGCUCACGCAGGCCAAGAGCGCCAAGGUGCGGCGGCAGGAGGGCAUCUCCCGCUUCUACGUCAUCCAGGUGGUGUUUCGUAACGUGCUGGAGAUCGGCUUCCUGGCAGGCCAGUACUUCCUGUAUGGCUUCAACGUGCCGGGGAUGUUUGAGUGUGACCGUUACCCCUGCGUGAAGGAGGUGGAGUGUUACGUGUCACGCCCCACAGAGAAGACGGUGUUCCUGAUCUUCAUGUUUGCGGUGAGCGGCAUUUGUGUGCUGCUCAACCUGGCCGAGCUCAACCACCUGGGCUGGAGGAAGAUCAAGACGGCCGUCAGGGGUGUUCAGGCCCGCAGGAAGUCCAUCUGUGAGGUGCGUAAGAAGGACGUGUCGCAUGUGUCCCAGGCCCCCAACCUGGGCAGGACCCAGUCCAGUGAGUCAGCCUAUGUCUGACAGAGGCUCCUCCACAUGGGGGACCUGGACCUCUGGACCGAGCACAGAUUUCUCUGGGGAGGACGAACACUCAAUCCAGCUCCCCCCACCCUGAGGGGCACUAACUUUACACUGCAACAUUAUUCAGGGGUGCAGAGGGACUUCACAUGGCCAUACUGGAGGAUUAUUGGAGAGAAGAGCUUUUUGGACUCUACAGGAGAGAGAAAGUACCUAAAUGGCAGUUGAGGUACUAACUAAAGUUAGAUUUAAACUGUUGGGAGUGUUGUGCCUUCCAAGAGAACACACUGGAUAAAGAGUAGAUGGAACUAAUUACUGUAAGAAUAUGAAUUAAGGAUAGUUCAAAUUAAGAAAUAAGUCUCACAUAAAUAUAUUAUCUUUGCCUUUGUGAGAGGUCAAACAUUGUCCCUUCAUUUAUUUAAGUAUGUGUGCAUAUGCAAGAACGUAUGUGUGAGCAUGCAUGCGCAUGUGUGUGUGUGUGUGUGUGUGUGUGUGUGUGUGUGUGUGUGUGUGUGUGUGUGUGUGUGUGUGUGCGCAAGAGAUAAGGUAGUGUGUAUGUCCUUUGUUCUUGCAGAGUCAGAGCAGAGACGAUGGGUGAAGUUGAGUUGCUGAGGGAAUGAAAAUAUUCCUUCUUUCCGUUAUUUUCCUUCCCUGCCGCAGAUCCACUAUAAGGAGGAGCCAAGCAGAGGAGAUGCACCUUUUAUCAUCCCCUUAGAAACCCAGAAAAGAAGGCUUUAAAAUGUUUUCAAAAAUCAACACCAAAACUACACCUCAGCACAAACUGGAACCCCCGUCCCCGUCCCC